AUGCAGAGACUGCAAAUCUGUGUUUAUAUUUACCUGUUUGUGCUGAUUGUUGCUGGCCCAGUCGAUCUAAGUGAGAACAGUGAGCAAAAAGAAAAUGUGGAAAAGGAGGGGCUGUGUAAUGCAUGUAUGUGGAGGCAAAACACUAAGUCUUCAAGGAUAGAAGCCAUAAAAAUUCAAAUCCUCAGCAAACUUCGCCUGGAAACGGCUCCCAACAUCAGCAGAGAUGCUGUCAGACAACUCUUGCCGCGGGCUCCUCCGCUGCGGGAGCUGAUCGACCAGUACGACGUCCAGAGGGAUGACAGCAGCGACGGCUCCCUGGAGGACGACGACUACCACGCCACCACCGAGACGGUCAUUGCCAUGCCCGCCGAGACUGAUCUUCUCAUGCAAGUGGAAGGAAAACCCAAAUGUUGUUUCUUUAAGUUUAGCUCUAAAAUACAAUAUAAUAAAGUAGUAAAGGCCCAACUGUGGAUAUAUCUGAGACCCGUCAAGACUCCUACAACAGUGUUUGUGCAAAUCCUGAGACUCAUCAAACCCAUGAAAGACGGUACAAGAUAUACUGGAAUCCGAUCUCUGAAACUUGACAUGAACCCAGGCACUGGUAUUUGGCAGAGCAUUGAUGUGAAGACAGUGUUGCAAAAUUGGCUCAAACAGCCUGAAUCCAACUUAGGCAUUGAAAUCAAAGCUUUAGAUGAGAAUGGUCAUGAUCUUGCGGUAACCUUCCCAGGACCCGGAGAAGAUGGGCUGAAUCCCUUUUUAGAAGUCAAGGUGACAGACACACCAAAAAGAUCCAGAAGAGAUUUCGGGCUUGACUGUGAUGAGCACUCAACAGAAUCUCGGUGCUGUCGUUACCCUCUAACUGUGGACUUUGAAGCUUUUGGAUGGGAUUGGAUUAUUGCACCCAAAAGAUAUAAGGCCAAUUACUGCUCUGGAGAGUGUGAAUUUGUGUUUUUACAAAAGUAUCCUCAUACCCAUCUCGUACACCAAGCAAACCCCAGGGGCUCAGCGGGCCCCUGCUGUACUCCCACAAAGAUGUCUCCCAUUAAUAUGCUAUAUUUUAAUGGCAAAGAACAAAUAAUAUAUGGGAAAAUUCCAGCCAUGGUAGUAGAUCGCUGUGGGUGCUCAUGA